UUUAAAUAAGAAAAAGCUGAAAAGGAAACAGAAGACCAAAUCAAAAGUGAAAACAAGAAGCAAGUCUGAAAACUUGGAGAAUACAAUUAUCAUACCAGAUAUCAAGCUGCAUAGCAAUCCAUCUGCUUUCAACGUUUAUUGCAAUGUACGCCAUUGUGUUCUGGAGUGGCAGAAGAAGGAAACAUCUCUGGCUGCUGCAUCCAAGAGCUCUGUGCAGAGCGGUGACUCAGACAGUGAUGAAGAAGAAGAACCUAGAGAGCCACCUGUCAAACUUCCCAAGAUCAUUGAAGUUGGACUUUGUGAAGUUUUUGAGUUGAUCAAAGAGACACGGUUUUCUCAUCCGUCCCUGUGUCUUAGGAGUCUGCAAGCUCUGCUUAAUGUGUUGCAGGGUCAACAACCGGAAGGCCUCCAGUCAGAACCACCUGAGGUUCUUGAGUCUCUUUUCCAGCUCCUUUUGGAAAUUACUGUUCGAAGUACUGGAAUGAGUGAUAGUACAGGACAGUCCCUGACUGCACUUUCUUGUGCUUGUCUAUUUAGCCUGGUAGCUUCUUGGGGGGAAACAGGAAGAACUCUUCAGGCUAUAUCUGCUAUCCUCACUAACAAUGGCAGCCAUGCUUGCCAAACUAUUCAGGUGCCAACAAUUCUAAACUCUCUCCAAAGGAGCGUACAAGCUGUUUUGGUGGGCAAAAUUCAAAUUCAGGACUGGUUUAGUAAUGGAAUUAAAAAAGCAGCAUUGAUGCACAAGUGGCCUUUGAAAGAAAUUUCUGUAGAUGAAGAUGACCAAUGCCUACUUCAGAAUGAUGGUUUUUUCCUCUAUUUGUUAUGCAAGGAUGGAUUAUACAAAAUUGGCUCUGGAUACAGUGGAACAGUGAGGGGUCAUAUAUACAAUUCUACAUCCCGCAUCAAAAACAGAAAAGAAAAAAAGUCUUGGUUAGGUUAUGCUCAGGGUUAUUUGUUAUAUAGAGACAUGAAUAAUCACGGCAUGACAGCCAUAAGAAUAAAUCCUGAAACACUGGAACAAGAUGGUACUGUAACAUUGCCAGAUUGCCACACAGAAGGACAAAAUAUUUUAUUCACUGAUGGAGAAUAUAUUAAUCAGAUAGCUGCUUCAAGAGAUGAUGGCUUCGUCGUUAGAAUAUUUGCAACAAGCACUGAACCUGUACUUCAGCAAGAAUUGCAGCUCAAACUUGCCAGAAAAUGUUUACAUGCCUGUGGCAUCUCCUUAUUUGAUCUGGAGAAAGACUUGCACAUUAUAAGUACAGGAUUUGAUGAGGAGUCAGCUGUAUUGGGUGCAGGACGUGAGUUUGCACUUAUGAAAACUGCUAGUGGAAAGGUAUAUUACACAGGCAAGUACCAGAGCCUAGGAAUCAAACAAGGUGGGCCUUCAGCAGGAAAAUGGGUUGAGCUGCCGAUUACUAAAUCUCCAAAGAUAGUUCAGUUUUCAGUCGGUCAUGAUGGUUCCCAUGCUCUAUUAGUUGCAGAGGAUGGAAGCAUAUUCUUCACAGGAUCUGCCAGUAAAGGAGAAGAUGGAGAGUCAACUAAAAGCAGACGGCAAUCCAAACCAUACAAGCCUAAAAAAAUAAUUAAAAUGGAAGGAAAAAUUGUGGUAUAUACAGCAUGCAAUAAUGGAAGUAGUUCUGUCAUAUCUAAAGAUGGAGAGCUCUACAUGUUUGGGAAAGAUGCCAUUUAUUCUGACAGUUCAAGUUUGGUAACUGAUUUGAAGGGCCAUUUUGUAACUCAGGUAGCCAUGGGAAAGGCUCAUACUUGUGUCUUAAUGAAGAAUGGGGAAGUUUGGACAUUUGGUGUAAAUAACAAAGGACAGUGUGGACGAGACACAGGCUCCAUGAACCAAGGAGGGAAAGGUUUUGGAAUUGAAAAUAUGGCAACAGCAAUGGAUGAAGACUUGGAAGAAGAACUAGAUGAAAAAGAUGAGAAAUCCAUGAUGUGUCCUCCAGGCAUGCAUAAAUGGAAACUUGAGCAGUGCAUGGUUUGUACUGUCUGUGGAGACUGUACAGGUUAUGGAGCCAGUUGUGUCAGUAGUGGACGUCCAGACAGAGUCCCUGGAGGGAUCUGUGGCUGUGGUUCUGGGGAAUCCGGCUGUGCUGUAUGUGGCUGUUGUAAAGCCUGUGCAAGGGAAUUGGAUGGUCAGGAGGCAAGACAAAGAGGAAUUCUUGAUGCUGUGAAAGAAAUGAUACCUUUAGAUCUCUUAUUAGCUGUCCCUGUACCUGGAGUUAAUAUUGAAGAACACCUUCAGUUGCGGCAAGAAGAAAAACGACAGCGUGUAAACAGGAGGCAUAGAUUGGAGGAAGGCAGAGGCCCCCUUGUAUUUCCUGGUCCUAUUUUUAUGAACCAUCGAGAACAGGCUCUAGCCAGACUCAGACCCCAUCCAGCACAACUAAAGCAUAAACGGGACAAGCACAAAGAUGGAAGUGGAGAAAGAGGAGAGAAGGAUGCAAGCAAAAUCACAACAUAUCCUCCAGGCUCUGUCCGUUUUGAUUGUGAGCUCCGGGCAGUACAAGUCAGCUGUGGAUUUCAUCAUUCAGUGGUUUUGAUGGAAAAUGGUGAUGUUUAUACAUUUGGAUAUGGGCAGCAUGGCCAGCUGGGACAUGGAGAUGUUAAUUCCAGGGGAUGUCCUACUCUAGUACAAGCUUUGCCAGGGCCUAGUACACAAGUCACUGCAGGCAGUAACCAUACAGCAAUACUUCUAAUGGAUGGACAAGUCUUCACAUUCGGAAGUUUCUCUAAAGGACAACUUGGCAGACCAAUUUUGGAUAUGCCUUACUGGAAUGCAAAACCUGCUUCCAUGCCCAAUAUUGGAUCAAAAUAUGGACGCAAGGCUACUUGGAUUGGAGCAAGCGGGGACCAAACUUUCUUACGCAUUGAUGAAGCACUUAUAAACUCCCAUGUCCUUGCUACAUCAGAGAUUUUUGCCAGCAGACACAUAAUAGGCUUAAUACCUGCUUCUAUAUCGGAACCUCCUCCAUUUAAAUGUCUCCUGAUAAAUAAAGUGGAUGGAAGUUGUAAGACAUUUAAUGAUUCUGAGCAGGAGGAUCUGCAAGGGUUUGGUGUAUGUCUUGAUCCUGUUUAUGAUGUUAUUUGGAGAUUUCGACCAAAUGCUAGAGAAUUGUGGUGCUACAAUGCUGUAGUUGCUGACUCCAGGCUUCUUCCUUCUGCACCAGACAUGCAAUCAAGAUGUAGUAUACUGAGCCCUGAACUUGCUUUGCCUACAGGAUCAAGAGCUCUUACAACUAGGUCUCAUGCAGCUUUGCACAUCCUUGGUUGCCUUGAUACAUUGGCAGCCAUGCAAGAUUUAAAAAUGGGUGUAGCAAGUACAGAGGAAGAGACUCAAGCGGUAAUGAAAGUUUAUUCCAAGGAAGAUUACAGUGUGGUGAACAGGUUUGAAAGUCAUGGAGGAGGCUGGGGUUACUCCGCUCAUUCAGUUGAAGCAAUUCGUUUCAGUGCUGACACUGAUAUUUUACUUGGUGGUCUUGGUCUUUUUGGAGGUAGAGGAGAAUAUACUGCUAAAAUAAAGUUAUUUGAAUUGGGUCCAGACGGAGGAGAUCAUGAAACCGAUGGUGACCUUCUUGCAGAGACUGAUGUCUUGGCAUAUGACUGUGCUGCUAGAGAAAAAUAUGCCAUGAUGUUCGAUGAACCAGUUCUUCUGCAAGCUGGCUGGUGGUAUGUUGCAUGGGCUCGUGUGUCAGGACCUAGCAGUGACUGUGGAUCUCAUGGACAGGCCUCUAUUACCACAGAUGAUGGAGUUCUUUUCCAAUUUAAGAGUUCAAAGAAAUCAAACAAUGGUACAGAUGUUAAUGCAGGACAGAUACCUCAGUUAUUAUACAGGCUGCCAACCAGUGAUGGCAGUGCUUCAAAAGGUAAACAGCAAACCACUGAACCUGUGCACAUUUUAAAGCGAUCUUUUGCCAGAACAGUCUCUACGGAAUGCUUUGAGUCAUUGUUGAGCAUCCUUCACUGGAGUUGGACCACUUUAGUUUUAGGAGUAGAAGAACUUCGGGGAUUAAAAGGAUUCCAGUAUACUGCUACACUUCUUGAUUUAGAGAGAUUGCGUUUUGUGGGCACUUGUUGUCUAAGGCUGUUACGUGUCUAUACCUGUGAGAUUUACCCUAUGUCAGCUACUGCUAAAGCAGUUGUAGAAGAAACAAGUAAAUUAGCAGAAUGUAUUGGGAAAACCAGAACUUUACUACGAAAAAUUUUAUCUGAAGGAGUUGAUCACUGCAUGGUCAAGUUGGAUAAUGAUCCCCAAGGGUAUCUUAGUCAGCCGUUGAGUCUUCUGGAGGCCGUCCUUCAGGAGUGUCAUAAUACCUUCACAGCCUGCUUUCAUUCUUUCUACCCAACCCCUGCCCUGCAGUGGGCUUGCCUUUGUGAUCUCCUCAAUUGUUUGGAUCAGGAUAUCCAAGAAGCGAAUUUCAAGACAUCAAGUAGCCGACUGCUUGCAGCUGUUAUGUCAGCUUUAUGUCACACAUCUGUCAAGUUGACCUCUAUCUUUCCCAUUGCCUAUGAUGGAGAAGUAUUACUUCGAUCCAUUGUUAAACAAGUCAGCACUGAAAACGACUCUGCCCUGGCUCACCGAUUUCCUCUGUUGGUAGCACACAUGGAAAAACUCAGUCAGAGUGAGGAGAAUAUCUCUGGAAUGACAAGCUUUCGUGAAGUUCUGGAGAAGAUGUUAGUUAUUGUUGUGUUACCAGUCAGAAAUAGCCUAAGACGAGAAAAUGAGCUCUUCUCCUCCCAUCUAGUCUCUAAUACUUGCGGAUUACUUGCUAGUAUUGUGAGUGAACUUACAGCAUCAGCCCUUGGAUCUGAGGUUGAUGGAAUUAACUCUCUUCAUUCUGUCAAAUCCAGUGCUAACCGAUUCACUAAAACAAGUCAAGGAAGAAGUUGGAAUACUGGAAAUGGGUCUCCUGAUGCAAUCUGUUUUUCUGUAGACAAACCUGGUAUAGUUGUGGUUGGCUUUUCUGUCUAUGGAGGAGGAGGAAUUCAUGAAUAUGAAUUAGAAGUCUUAGUUGAUGAUAGUGAGCAUGCAGGAGAUUCAACUCAUUCACACAGAUGGACAUCCUUGGAAUUAGUCAAAGGAACCUAUACAACUGAUGAUUCUCCUAGUGACAUAGCUGAAAUCAGACUUGAUAAAGUUGUUCCUUUAAAAGAAAAUGUGAAAUAUGCUGUUCGUUUAAGGAAUUAUGGAAGCCGUACAGCCAAUGGAGAUGGAGGAAUGACCACAGUCCAAUGUCCUGAUGGUGUUACAUUUACAUUCAGUACAUGUAGUUUAAGUAGUAAUGGCACAAACCAAACAAGAGGACAAAUUCCACAAAUCCUUUACUAUAGGAGUGAAUAUGAUGGAGAUUUGCAGUCCCAGCUUUUGAGUAAAGCUAAUGAAGAAGAUAAAAACUGUAGUAGAGCUCUCUCUGUUGUGAGUACUGUGGUUAGAGCAGCUAAAGACCUCCUACACAGAGCCCUUGCUGUAGAUGCUGAUGACAUUCCAGAAUUGCUUAGUUCUUCCAGUCUAUUUUCCAUGCUGCUUCCUCUUAUAAUAGCCUACAUAGGACCAGUAGCUGCAGCUAUUCCUAAGGUGGCUGUAGAAGUCUUUGGCCUUGUCCAGCAAUUGCUUCCUUCUGUUGCCAUUUUAAAUCAGAAAUAUGCACCCCCUGCAUUCAAUCCUAACCAAUCAACAGAUAGCACCACAGGAAACCAGCCUGAACAAGGACUUUCAGCUUGUACUACCUCUAAUCACUAUGCUGUCAUAGAGAGUGAACAUCCCUAUAAACCUGCAUGUAUUAUGCACUAUAAGGUGACCUUUCCAGAGUGCGUAAGAUGGAUGACAAUCGAGUUUGAUCCUCAGUGUGGUACUGCACAAUCAGAAGACGUUCUCCGUUUGCUGAUUCCUAUUAGAACUGCUCAGAACGCUGGAUUCGGACCAAAGGUGAAUUCUGUUCAUGAAAACCUCAAUUCAUGGGUAGAAUUAAAGAAGUUUUCAGGAUCUUCUGGAUGGCCAACUAUGGUUUUAGUCUUGCCAGGAAAUGAAGCCCUUUUUUCAUUAGAGACUGCAUCAGAUUAUGUAAAAGAUGACAAGGCUUCGUUUUACGGUUUCAAGUGUUUUGCAAUUGGAUAUGAAUUUAGUCCUGGUUCUGAUGAGGGAAUUAUUCAGUUGGAAAAAGAAUUAGCUAAUCUUGGUGGGGUUUGUGCGGCAGCUUUAAUGAAAAAGGAUCUAGCACUUCCUAUUGCAGGUAAUGAAUUGGAGGAAGAUCUUGAAAUUCUUGAAGAAGCUGCUCUACAGGUGUGCAAAACUCAUUCUGGUAUUCUUGGAAAAGGUUUAGCCCUUUCUCAUUCACCAACUAUACUGGAAGCUCUUGAAGGAAGCUUGCCACUUCAGAUUCAAAGCAAUGAACAGUCAUUUUUGGAAGAUUUCAUUGCCUGUGUUCCAGGAUCAAGUGGGGGACGACUUGCAAGGUGGCUUCAGCCAGAUUCUUAUGCUGAUCCUCAGAAAACAUCAUUGAUUCUCAAUAAAGAUGAUAUCCGUUGUGGUUGGCCUACUACAAUUACUGUUCAAACAAAGGAUCAGUAUGGUGAUGUGGUUCAUGUUCCUAAUAUGAAGGUGGAAGUGAAGGCUGUUCCUGUUUCUCAGAAAAAAACAUCUUUGCAACAAGAACAAGUGAAGAAGCUUCAAAGGAUUCCAGGCAGUCCUUCCGCACCAGCUACUUCCAUGAGCCCUGAUAUGACUUUUGGGGGACUUGCAUCACCAAAACUUGAUGCUUCGUAUGAACCAAUGAUUGUAAAGGAAGCUCGUUAUAUUGCCAUUACUAUGAUGAAGGUUUAUGAAAACUAUUCUUUUGAAGAGUUGCGUUUUGCUUCACCAACACCUAAAAGACCAAGUGAAAAUAUGUUGAUCAGAGUCAACAAUGAUGGCACUUACUGUGCAAACUGGACUCCAGGGGCCAUUGGACUCUAUACUAUCCAUGUUACUAUUGACAGUAUUGAAAUAGAUGCAGGCUUAGAAGUGAAAGUGAAAGAUCCACCAAAAGGAAUGAUCCCACCUGGAACUCAGUUGAUCAGACCGAAGGCUGAACCUCAGCCAAAUAAGGUUCGAAAAUUUGUGGCCAAGGACAGUGCAGGGCUUCGUAUCCGUAGCCACCCUUCCCUUCAGAGUGAACAGAUAGGCAUAGUAAAAGUCAAUGGAACCAUCACUUUUAUUGACGAGAUCCACAAUGAUGAUGGUGUGUGGCUGAGACUGAAUGAUGAGACAAUAAAGAAGUAUGUGCCUAACAUGAAUGGUUACACUGAAGCCUGGUGCCUCUCUUUUAACCAGCAUCUUGGCAAGAGCCUUCUGGUCCCUGUUGACAAUAUCUUUAAUGCUAGCCAAGGAGUCAGGGAUUUGGACGUUUUUUCAUGGACUUCUAAAGCUUUUUUUCCCCAGGAAACUAAGUCUAAUACGGAGGACUUUUUCAAAGACCUGAAUUCCCGCUGCCCACAAGAAGCAGUAAUGCAAGACCCAGAUAUACCAUUCCUCCGAGGUGGGCCAGGAGUGUAUAAGGUAGUGAAGACGGGACCAUCAGGUCACAACAUCAGAAGCUGCCCCAACCUUAGAGGUAUCCCAAUUGGAAUGUUAGUACUGGGAAACAAAGUCAAGGCAGUGGGAGAGGUAACCAAUUCUGAAGGUACAUGGGUUCAGCUGGAUAAGAACAGCAUGGUAGAGUUCUGUGAGAGUGAUGAAGGAGAGGCAUGGUCCUUAGCUAGAGACAGAGGCGGAAAUCAGUACCUCCGACAUGAAGAUGAACAAGUUCUUCUGGAUCAGAAUUCUCAAACUCCUCCUCCAAGCCCCUUCUCAGUACAAGCUUUCAAUAAAGGGGCAGGUAACAAUGCCCAAGGAUUUGAUUAUGGACUUGGGAAUAACAAAGUUUUGACUGUUUUACCCACUGCAGGUGACCAACUGAGUGCCAUACUGAAUUCCAUUCAGUCACGGCCCAGUCUCCCAGCUCCUUCCAUCUUUGAUCAAGCUGCAAAACCUCCCUCUUCCCUAGUCCACAGUCCAUUUGUGUUCGGACAGCCCCUUUCCUUCCAGCAACCUCAGCUUCAGAGUGACCGAGGAAAUUUCUCCAUAACUUCUAGACCAGCCUCUCCAGCAGGAAAAUCAGAUCUGUCCUCCAAACACCGAAUCGAAAGCCGGUCACCUAAACUUGAUGGACGUGUGAGCAGGACUGCUACAGAUCAAAAGAAACCAAGAGGCACAGAAGGCCUGUCUGCUAGUGAAUCCCUAAUGUUGAAAUCUGAUGCUGCAAAGCUGAGGUCAGAUUCUCAUAGUAGGUCCUUAUCUCCCAAUCAUAAUACCUUGCAAACACUAAAGUCUGAUGGGAGAAUCUCUUCUGGCCUAAGAGCCGAGUCUCCAGGGCCAGCAUCUCGAUCAUCUUCUCCUAAGCCAAAGACUCUCCCAUCAAACAGGUCCAGCCCACCAGGUGCUAGUCCUCCACGCUCCUCUUCUCCACAUGAGAAGAGUCUACCUCAGAAAGGCCCUGCUCCUGCUAAAGCAAAGCUUGAUCCUCCUCGGGAACGAUCCAAAUCAGAUUCCUAUACACUGGAUCCAGACGCUCUCCGCAAGAAAAAGAUGCCCCUCACAGAACCAUUAAGAGGUCGAUCCACAUCACCUAAGCCAAAAAUAAUACCAAAAGAUUCUAAAGUUUCUCCUGGAACUGAAAAUAGAGCUCCUUCUCCACAUGUAGUGCAAGAAAACCUUCACAGUGAGGUAGUUGAAGUCUGUACUUCUAGUACCUUAAAAACAAAUAGUAUAACAGACAGCACUUGCGAUGAGAGUACUGAAUUUAAGAGUGUGGAUGAGAGCUCCAAUAAAGUGCACUUCAGCAUAGGAAAAGCACCCAUGAAGGACGAGCAGGAAAUAAGAGCUUCUCCAAAGGUAAGCCGAAAAUGCGCGAAUAGGCACACCAGGCCCAAAAAGGAAAAGUCAGGCUUCCUUUUCAAAGGAGAUGGAUCCAGACCUUUAGAGCCAGCUAAGCAAGCAAUGUCCCCUUCUGUCGCUGAAUGUGCCAGAGCUGUCUUUGCCUCUUUCCUUUGGCAUGAAGGUAUAGUCCAUGAUGCAAUGGCUUGUUCUUCUUUUCUCAAAUUUAAUCCAGAACUGUCUAAAGAACAUGCUCCAAUAAGAAAUAGUUUGAAUAGUCAACAGCCUACAGAGGAAAAAGAAACAAAACUGAAAAAUAGGCACUCAUUGGAAAUAUCAUCUGCUCUUAAUAUGUUUAAUAUUUCACCUCAUGGACCAGAUAUAUCUAAAAUGGGCAGCAUCAACAAAAAUAAGGUCUUGUCAAUGCUUAAGGAACCACCUCUCCAUGAAAAAUGUGAGGAUGGAAAAACAGAAGCCACUUUUGAAAUGUCCACACUCCACACAAUGAAAUCCAAAUCUCCUCUUCCUUUAACCUUGCAACACUUGGUAGCCUUUUGGGAAGACAUCUCUUUGGCCACCAUCAAAGCUGCUUCCCAGAACAUGAUAUUUCCAAGUCCUGGCUCUUGUGCAGUACUUAAAAAGAAAGAAUGUGAUAAAGAUAAUAAAAAGACUAAGAAGGAAAAAAAGAAAAAAGAAAAGGCUGAAGCCAGGCCAAGGGGUAAUUUGUUCGGUGAGAUGGCCCAGCUUGCUGUGGGGGGACCAGAGAAAGAUACCAUCUGUGAGCUGUGUGGAGAAUCACAUCCCUAUCCAGUAACUUAUCACAUGAGGCAAGCUCAUCCAGGUUGUGGCCGAUAUGCAGGUGGACAGGGUUAUAAUAGCAUUGGACACUUUUGUGGAGGAUGGGCUGGUAACUGUGGUGACGGUGGCAUAGGAGGAAGCACUUGGUAUCUGGUGUGUGAUCGUUGCAGGGAAAAAUACCUCCGUGAAAAGCAAGCAGCAGCAAAGGAGAAGGUAAAACAAUCUAGAAGAAAAACAAUGCAAGUUAAGACGCCUCGUGCCUUGCCCACCAUGGAGGCCCACCAGGUGAUUAAAGCAAAUGCACUCUUCCUGUUGUCCUUGAGUAGUGCUGCAGAACCCAGUAUUCUGUGCUACCACCCUACAAAACCAUUCCAGUCUCAGCUUCCAAGUGUGAAAGAAGGCAUCUCUGAGGACCUUCCCAUCAAAAUGCCUUGCCUCUACUUGCAGACAUUAGCUAGGCAUCACCAUGAAAACUUUGUAGGAUACCAGGAUGACAACCUCUUCCAAGAUGAAAUGAGGUAUCUACGUUCAACAUCUGUACCGGCACCAUACAUAUCAGUAACUCCUGAUGCAAGCCCUAAUGUGUUUGAGGAGCCAGAGAGUAAUAUGAAAUCCAUGCCACCAAGUUUAGAGACUAGUCCCAUAACAGAUACUGAUUUGGCAAAACGAACUGUCUUCCAAAGAUCAUAUUCAGUUGUUGCCUCAGAAUAUGACAAACAGCAUUCCAUUUUGCCUGCACGUGUUAAGGCCAUUCCUAGAAGAAGAGUUAACAGUGGAGAUACUGAAGUUGGUUCCUCUCUCUUAAGACAUCCUUCUCCUGAGCUUUCUCGACUAAUUUCAGCCCAUAGUUCUCUUUCCAAAGGAGAAAGAAAUUUUCAGUGGCCAGUUUUAGCUUUUGUUAUACAGCACCAUGAUCUGGAAGGUCUUGAAAUAGCAAUGAAACAGGCCUUACGGAAAUCUGCUUGCCGAGUUUUUGCUAUGGAGGCUUUCAACUGGCUUUUGUGUAAUGUCAUCCAAACAACUUCUCUCCAUGAUAUUCUCUGGCAUUUUGUGGCUUCACUGACCCCAGCUCCAGUGGAACCAGAGGAAGAAGAUGAUGAAGAAAAUAAAACAAACAAGGAAAAUGCAGAACAAGAGAAAGAUACAAGAGUGUGUGAACAUCCACUUUCAGACAUAGUGAUUGCAGGAGAAGCUGCUCAUCCUUUGCCACACACGUUUCACCGCUUGCUUCAGACAAUCUCAGACCUUAUGAUGUCUCUCCCCAGUGGCAGUUCAUUGCAGCAAAUGGCACUCAGAUGCUGGAGUCUCAAAUUCAAGCAAUCAGACCAUCAGUUCCUCCAUCAGAGCAAUGUUUUUCAUCAUAUUAACAAUAUUCUUUCUAAAUCGGAUGAUGGAGAUAGUGAAGAAAGUUUUAGCAUCAGUAUACAAUCUGGUUUUGAAGCUAUGAGUCAGGAAUCAUGCAUAGUAAUAUGUUUAAAAGACCUAACCAGCAUUGUUGACAUAAAAACUUCAAGCAGACCUGCCAUGAUUGGCAGUUUGACAGAUGGAUCAACAGAAACCUUUUGGGAGUCAGGAGAUGAAGAUAAAAACAAAACUAAGAAUAUCACAAUCAAUUGUGUAAAAGGAAUCAAUGCUCGUUAUGUUUCUGUUCAUGUAGACAAUUCAAGAGACCUUGGGAACAAAGUGACCUCAAUGACUUUCUUGGCUGGCAAAGCAGUAGAAGAUCUGUGCAGAAUCAAACAGGUUGAUCUAGAUUCUAGGCACAUUGGUUGGGUAACAAGUGAACUUCCAGGUGGGGAUAACCACAUCGUAAAAAUUGAAUUAAAGGGCCCAGAGAACACAUUGAGAGUUCGACAAGUUAAAGUCCUGGGCUGGAAAGAUGGUGAAAGCACUAAAAUUGCCGGUCAGAUCUCAGCUAGUGUGGCUCAACAAAGAAACUGUGAAGCAGAGACUCUCCGAGUAUUUAGACUUAUUACUUCCCAGGUAUUUGGAAAACUUAUCUCAGGAGAUGCUGAACCUACACCAGAACAAGAGGAAAAAACACUUCUGUCUUCACCUGAAGGAGAGGAAAAAGUACACAAUGCAACAUCAGAUGCUGACCUGAAAGAACACAUGGUUGGAAUCAUAUUCAGUAGGAGUAAGCUAACAAAUUUACAGAAGCAGGUAUGUGCCCAUAUAGUCCAGGCCAUUAGAAUGGAAGCUACCCGAGUCCGUGAAGAGUGGGAACAUGCAAUUUCCAGCAAGGAGAAUGCUAAUUCUCAACCCAAUGAUGAAGAUGCCUCCUCUGAUGCAUAUUGCUUUGAACUGCUCUCCAUGGUCCUAGCAUUGAGUGGGUCUAAUGUGGGCCGACAGUACCUUGCUCAGCAACUAACUCUGCUUCAGGAUCUCUUUUCAUUGCUACACACGGCGUCUCCUAGAGUGCAGAGACAGGUGACCUCUUUGCUAAGGCGGGUUUUGCCUGAAGUGACUCCUAAUCGCCUGGCCAGCAUCAUAGGUGUGAAGUCCCUUCCACCAGCUGAUAUUAGUGAUAUAAUUCAUUCAACAGAAAAAGGAGACUGGAAUAAACUAGGUAUCUUGGAUAUGUUCCUGGGAUGCAUAGCCAAAGCCCUCACAGUACAGUUAAAGGCCAAAGGAACUACCAUCACAGGAACAGCUGGCACUGCUGCAGGGAAAGGGGUUACAACAGUUACCCUUCCAAUGAUCUUCAAUUCCAGUUAUAUUCGACGAGGUGAAAGUCAUUGGUGGAUGAAGGGCUCAACUCCCACCCAGAUUUCAGAGAUCAUUAUUAAACUUAUAAAGGACAUGGCAGCAGGUCAUCUAUCUGAAGCAUGGUCCCGUGUUACCAAAAAUGCCAUUGCAGAAACCAUCAUUGCCUUGACAAAAAUGGAGGAAGAAUAUAGAUCUCCAGUGAGAUGUAUUGCAACAACCAGGCUCUGGCUUGCCCUGGCAUCACUGUGUGUUCUAGAUCAGGAUCAUGUGGAUCGGCUCUCUUCAGGAAGAUGGAUGGGAAAGGAUGGACAGCAGAAACAAAUGCCUAUGUGUGAUAAUCAUGAUGAUGGUGAAACUGCAGCAAUCAUCUUAUGCAAUGUGUGUGGAAAUCUGUGCACUGACUGUGACAGAUUCCUUCAUCUUCAUCGCCGAACCAAAACUCAUCAGAGACAGGUCUUCAAAGAGGAGGAAGAGGCUAUAAAGGUUGACCUUCAUGAGGGCUGCGGUAGAACCAAACUCUUCUGGUUAAUGGCACUAGCAGAUUCUAAAACCAUGAAGGCAAUGGUGGAGUUCAGAGAACAUACAGGUAAACCUACCACAAGUAGCUCCGAAGCAUGUCGUUUCUGUGGUUCCAGGAGUGGAACAGAAUUAUCUGCUGUUGGCAGUGUCUGUUCUGAUGCAGAUUGUCAGGAAUAUGCUAAAAUAGCGUGUAGCAAGACACAUCCUUGUGGCCAUCCGUGUGGAGGCGUCAAAAAUGAAGAACACUGUUUACCAUGUCUGCAUGGCUGUGAUAAAAAUGCCACCACGCUUAAGCAAGAUGCUGAUGACAUGUGUAUGAUAUGCUUCACUGAGGCACUUUCAGCAGCACCAGCUAUUCAGUUGGAUUGUAGUCACAUAUUCCACUUGCAAUGCUGUCGACGAGUUUUAGAAAACAGAUGGCUUGGGCCUCGGAUAACCUUUGGAUUUAUAUCUUGUCCUAUUUGCAAGAACAAAAUAAAUCAUACAGUAUUAAAAGACCUGCUUGAUCCAAUCAAAGAACUCUAUGAAGAUGUCAGGAGAAAGGCCUUAAUGAGAUUGGAAUAUGAAGGACUGCACAAGAGUGAGGCUAUCACAACACCAGGCGUUAGGUUUUAUAAUGACCCUGCUGGUUAUGCCAUGAAUAGAUAUGCUUAUUAUGUCUGCUACAAAUGCAAGAAGGCGUAUUUUGGUGGUGAAGCUCGCUGUGAUGCUGAGGCUGGGCAAGGGGAUGAUUAUGAUCCUAGAGAGCUUAUUUGUGGAGCAUGUUCUGAUGUAUCCAGGGCUCAGAUGUGUCCCAAACAUGGUACAGACUUCUUAGAGUACAAAUGCCGCUACUGCUGCUCUGUGGCUGUAUUUUUCUGUUUUGGAACAACACAUUUUUGUAAUGCAUGUCAUGAUGAUUUUCAAAGAAUGACAAGCAUCCCCAAAGAAGAACUUCCACACUGUCCUGCAGGUCCCAAAGGCAAACAAUUGGAAGGAACAGAAUGUCCUCUACAUGUUGUCCAUCCACUUACUGGAGAAGAAUUUGCUCUGGGUUGUGGGGUUUGUAGAAAUGCUCACACAUUUUAGACCAUCUAAUUUUAUUUGCCCGAAAAAACAGCUGCCCUUGUCAGGAAGAGAAUACAGUGGACUCUAUACACUUCUCAGGAUGAGGAUGGGACCAUUUUAAAAUUUAAAAAAAAAAAAACAUUUACAGUGCAAGAAGGAUGCCAAAUACCAUGUACAUAAUUCUUGCUGUGAAAAAAAAAAUGCCUUUUUUUUUUUUUUGAACCAAGACAUCCACCUUGUGAGAUGUUUGCAUGUGGCCAUUACAGUCAUCGGCUAUGAAGCAUUGGAUAUUUAUAGAUAAUUGAUAUAAAAGGAUCACCAUGCCCAUAGACUACAAAUGAUGCUGGCUGUCAGGCAAAGAAAAUUAAAAAAAAAAAUCAUUGGUUAUUGUAUACUGACUUUUUGUAAACCUGUACAAUUGUAACUGCAUCACGGGAGGGGGUAAAAAGAAGAAUAUUCUGGUUUAUUUCCUAGACUGUUAUAAAAAUUGUGUUUGGAAGGCAUAUUAAUGUAAUAAGCAUCAUACUGUAUAUAAAGAUAUCAAUGUUUGUCCUGUAUAAGAAUUACUAAAUUACAAAAGCAAUUUCAUUUAAACUUCUAGGUUAUGUUUGAGCCUGAAAUUUUAAUGAAGUGCAAUACUGAGUGUGCCUCAUAUCUUGCAGCUGUAAACAUAAUGGAAUGUACAUGUCAAUAAAGCCACUGUACAUUUUUAUACAGUGAUAAAGUCUUA